AUGGCUACGGUUGAUUUGCUGACCAAUCGCUUUGUUGGUAGUGUGGAGCAUGCUUCUGAGUUGUACCUUCUUGAUCGCUACCGCGUCGGAGACGGUUUGUUCGAAUACGGGAACUGGCUGUUUCCCGAUAAAACGAUCGAUUUGUAUGGAAAGUCGAUCCGAGUGGCAACUUUCUACAUCAAUCCACACAUGUUGAUAAAAGAGGCUGAUGUCACGGCUCCAGAGAUACGCUCAAAGAAUCGAACUUUCUCAAUGGAUGGCCUUAACGGUCUUAUUCUGGUGGAGUUUUGCAGGCAGCGUAACUGUACGAUUGAGUUGGUUAUUGACGAGGUCAAUAUGUGGGGCGUGAUCCUACCGAAUAGAACCGGAAAUGGUAUAAUUGGGGACGUGGCAGAAAGACGAGCUGAUCUCGGAAUUGGUGCUUUGAGCAGCUGGUACAAUUGUUACCAGUAUUUGACCUUCUCUACGCCUAUUACGCGAGGAAGUGUCACUUGCCUUGUACCGAAGCCCAACCUCAUCCCUGGGUGGAAAUUAAUCACAAUGGUAUUCGCCACAUCCGUCUACCUGUUCAUCUUUGGCACUUUCUGUGCCAUCGUGUUGGUCUACAUGCUGAUAGCCCACUUUAUGAUACGCAAAAUCGAGCAAAAAAGUGUCUUGUGGAAUGCAUUCAAUGUGCUAGCGAUUUUCCUCUUGCAAUCAGCAAACAUUCGCAAUCGAUCCGCAUCGGAAGCCAUAUUAACCGUGACAGUGUUGCUGUAUGUCAUGAACAUGGAUGGCAUCUAUUCAGGAAAGUAUGCUAGCCUACGGACGAUACCUAUUUAUGAACCUGCCAUCAAUACGUUGAAUGAUUUAGCCUCAAGUGGAAUCCCUUGGCUGCAGACCCACAAGGCAUGGUCUUUCUCCUUGCUUCUAUCGAAAAAUCCCAUGAUAGUGAAGUUAGUCACCAACUUUCGAGCUUACCCUCCAUCAGAGCUCCGUCGAAUUGCCGAUCAAGGAGGAGCUGCUUUUGCAUUGUCGCACCUAAACAUUGGCCACCUGAUGCUAGGUGAGUGGAUCACGGCGAACAAUAUCCACAAGUACCGGCUGAUGAGGGAGGAAUUGUUCCACGAACAUGAAGUAGCGAUGGGCACCAAAACAUGGCCACUGAUGGAACGGUUCAAUGAAGUAAUAAGUCGAACGGGUAGCGGACUGCUGAUGCAUGCUCAGAGGCUUCGGAUCGUCUUUCAGUACGAUGACUACUUCGUUCAUACGGUGGCGUUGAAUUCCCAUGACCGAGAGGUAAAUGAUCCCACGGCGCUAAGACUGGAUGAUAUUCUGGGAGGGUUGAUCGUUCUUGGGUUCGGAUUACUGUGCGCGGGAGCUGUUUUCAUGAUGGAAGUUAUGUUUGUGAGAAGAUCAAGAAGAUCGAUCUAG